AUGGCGUUUACUAUGAAACAAAUGUCUAUAAUAGUGUCAACAUUUGGUAUUCUGUCAUUCAUAGCUGGAGUUAUUGCUGAAAACAAGAAGCCUGCAUCAGGAAAUGUUAUAACUGGGAAGGGUGUUGUUAUUUGCAAAUAUCCAUCUGAUCCCACUGUAGUGUUGGGUUACUUGUCCGUUGCAUUCCUUGCUCUCUGUACUGCAUUUGGUUAUUUAUCUUUGUUUUACCCAUACAAAGGAAAGUCAGUUCCGCAGGCAGCUUUAUUCCGAAAAACUAGCUUCAUCGUCUUCUUCAAUAUUGCCUUGGGCGUGACUGGAUUAGCUGCAGCAAUGUUGUUAUGGCCUACAAUCACAGAGCAGCUCCAUCAUGCUCGGAAUGUUCACCACAAUCUCAAAACUCAAUGCCCUACGGCUAAGACAGGACUUCUAGGUGGAGGUGCCUUUCUAUCGCUUGAUUCUGCCCUUUUCUGGUUGGUUGCCCUGAUGUUGGCUGAUAAUGCCCGAGAGGAUUAUUUUGAAGAAAUGGGCAAUAAAGGUGCAUCCAGUGAACCCAUAAAGGGCAGUGCUUGA